AAAAAAGGGAAGAAGUUCAGCUGGACUACUAUAUCCUUCAUCCGACUCUGGAAUGAAGUUCGGGGAUGCCUGCUGGCAUGUUCAGCAUCGACAAUAUUCUCGCCGCCCGGCCUCGCUGUAAGGACUCUGUGCUGCCUCUGGCCUCUAGCGCUGGGGCUCCGGUGGUCUUCCCGGCCUUGCACGGGGACUCUCUCUACGCCAGCGCUUCAGACUACGGCAGCUUCUACCCGCGUGCAGUAGCCCCCAGCGGAGCCGGCCUCCAGACUGCGGUCGGUGGCUCCCGCCUGGGCUACAACAGUUACUACUAUGGGCAGCUGCAAGUGCAGGCGACGCCCGUCGGCCCAUCCUGCUGCGGGGCGAUGCAGCCUCUGGGGGCCCAGCAGUGUUCCUGCGUUCCGUCCUCAGGUUACGACGGCUCGGGCUCAGUCCUGAUGUCCCCGGUCCCCCACCAGAUGUUGCCCUAUAUGAACGUAGGCACGUUGUCGAGGACCGAGCUGCAGCUGCUGAACCAGCUGCAUUGCCGGCGGAAGCGGCGGCACCGAACGAUUUUCACGGAUGAACAGCUGGAAGCUCUGGAGAACCUCUUUCAGGAGACCAAGUACCCCGACGUGGGCACAAGGGAACAGCUGGCUCGGAGGGUGCACUUGAGGGAGGAGAAAGUAGAGGUCUGGUUUAAGAAUAGAAGAGCAAAAUGGAGGCGGCAGAAAAGAUCGUCUUCAGAGGAGUCAGAAAACGCACGGAAAUGGAGCAAGGCUUCGAAGCCAUCCCCAGAGAAAAGGGAAGAGGAAGGUAAAAGCGAUUUGGACUCUGAUAGCUGAUAGCCCCGGAAUGGAACUUUGGGACUUGCAUACCUUUAGAGACUUGCACAUACAAUGCUACUAUCUUGCACACUUGCUGCCUUUGUGGGGGAGAAGGAAGGGAAAUGAGGAAAACUGUAAACUGGUGUAAAUAUUUCCUGGUGUUUCUUGUAUAGAACUGGCUGCAGAGAGGCUCGGCCAGUCUAGCCACCCCCCUUUUCCCACCCUAUUCUGUAGUAUUUAUAGUUAAAUUAAAGGUGAUGAUACAAUAAAUGGAUGGUGGCGAAAUAUAAUGCACCAAUAUCCAAUAUGUUUAUCCGUCCUCCACCACCUUCUUCACAGACUGACAGUGGAAAGCAAAUUCAGUCCUUGAUUUUUAACUUUUUAGUUUGAGGUUAUUGUUGGGAAGGAGUUGGUUUUUGAAUAUGUUACAAAAAGUUCAGUCAAGAAGGGAAUCAUGUACUUCCAUGGGCCUCUGGAAACAUGCAUUUUGGUCCCAGGUCUGUGGUUAAUUAAUGGAGUGAUUUUAGACAAAUCAUUCUCUCUCCCCAAUCCCCAAU